AUGUCGUCAACCAAUCCUCAGCCGAUCCUAGAGUUCAACUACGACAUAUCCUGUCCCUUCGCCUACAUAGCCUCAACACGCGUACAGUCACUAGCACAUCGCACUCAUGCUACCCUGAUCUACAAACCCGUUCUCCUAGGCGCAAUUUACCGCGCAACAGCCGCACCCCAAGGCGCCGGCGGCUCAGCAUCUGAUGUCUUCAACUCAGCCAAGAAAGCCGUUACAGCGCAAGGCAUGCAACGUACAUUGCGCAGAUACAACAUUCGGUACAACCCGCCACCUCAGCAUCCUCGUAAGACAGUGAAUGCACUACGUUUAUUGUACUGUGUAAAAGACCAUGAGAAGAGGAGGAUGUUGACAGACAGGUUGUUCCAAGCUUAUUGGGCAGAAGGCAAGGACGUGAAUUCCAAUGCUACCAUCCUGCAGAUUGCGAGGGAAUGCGGUAUUGAAGAUGUGGGUGAGGAAUCUUUCGCAAACGCCGAUGCGAGGAAGGACCUAGAGACUGCUACUGCUGAAGCAAUCGAAAGAGGUGCUUUUGGUGUCCCUGGAUUCUGGGUGCCGGAUGCUCUAUGGACGAACGCGAAUGGUGAAGAAAAGCGAGGGCGGUUUUACUGGGGUCAGGAUCGCAUGCAUUUCGUUGAGGCGACCUUACUCUCCCUUCCAUCAUCAUCACGGUCGCCAUCUGGAAACCCGUGGACACAUGUACCGGCACUCAAGAGCUUGAUGCCGCGGUGCGUACCCAGUAAUGAUCCUCAUGGCCGAGUAAAAGUCGAAUUCUGGUUCGACUUUAGCAGUCCGUGGGCGUUUUUGGGGUACACACAGUUGGAACGAUUAAAGAAGACAUUUGGCAAGGACUUGGAAAUUGUCAUGAAGCCAUUUCUCCUGGGCAUCUUGUUCCGAGAGAUCGGUGCGCCAAAUCUGCCAAUGGCGGCGGUUAGUCCGGCGAAGGCGCUGUGGUCGAGACAAGACCAUGCGGACUGGACCGAGUACUGGAACGCGAUAAGUCGGCAAGAUGGUGGAAGAGAAGUCAAGUUCUAUUGGGCAGACAUCUUCCCCAUCCGGACACCGACUGUGUUGAGAGUUGCGCUUGUGGAACCGGAGACCACAAACCUGUUGUUCGAAGCAUGCUGGUCUCACAACCAAGACAUGUCCAACGACACCGUGCUCCGUACCGUUCUCGACCAAGGUGGUUUCAAUGGCGCUGAUCUUAUUGCUCGCGCGAACGAACCCGCAGUCAAAGCCAAGCUGCGGGCCGCUACCGCAGAGGCAAAAGAAAUGGGUCUCUGUGGCGUACCCACGUAUCGUGUGCUGAGGCAGGGGGAUAAAGGGGAGUGGGAGGCGGUUGGUGGUCUGGUCUGGGGUCAAGACGAAAUCAACGUUGUCGAAGACCUAAUUGCUGGAUGGAAUCCUGAAAGUUCAGGACAAGCGGCUAGGGUGGUGAGGAAAGAGAAUGGCGCGGGUUCGAAAUUGUGA